AUGGAAAAAAUUGAAUUUCCUACAAGUCUUAAUGAUAGUGAAGAAAAAAUAGAAAAAAUUAAAAGAAAUAAAGAAACAAGUCAAGGAAUAUAUAAUGAUAUUGGAAAAUAUGUUACUGAUAUGAAUAAUAUUGUAGUUAAUGAAAUAAAUUAUAAAUUAGCAGAAAUAGGAAAAACAUUUUAUACAAUAGUUGAUACACAAAUUAAUGAAAUGAGAAAUAAAGAAAGAAUAAAUAUUUAUUCACAAGAAAAUCCAAUAAAACAAAUUAGUCAUAAAGAAGGAAUAAAUAAAAGAAAAGGAUAUUAUUAUUCAGAACAACAAAGUAAAGGAAUUGAAAAAGAUAAAAAAGAAAUAAAAGAAAAAGAAGUAAAAUAUAAAUUAUCAGAAACAUUUAAUCAUAAAAUUAAUAUGAAAGAAUUAAAAAUAAAAAAAUUUGAAGAAGAAGGAAUUAUUAUUUUUCUUGAUAUUGAAAUUUUUCAAAGUAAAAAAUUAACACCAACACCAGAAGAUCCAGAAGCUUUAAAAACAAUGUAUUUUAUGAAAAUUAAUGAUUUAAGGAAAGUUAAAAUUGAAUUUAUUACAUCAAAACCAUUAAAAUUUCAAAAAAUAAAUUGUAUUGGAUUACAUGGAUUUUCAGGAUCAACAGAAGUAUUAAUGCUUCAAACAUUAGUUCAAUUAUCAAUUACACCUAAAUAUUUAUUUUCUAAUCUUAUAGAAUAUUUAAUUUUUCAUAAAUUUACACCAUUAAAGAAACAAAUAAUACCAGAUAUUAAAAUAAUUAAUGAAUAUAAAUUAAAUAAUCAACAAAUUAAAGUUAUUAAAGAAGUUAUUCAAUCUCUUCAAGAAAAUAAACCACCAAUAACUCUUGUUCAUGGAGUUUUUGGUUCAGGAAAAUCACAUCUUCUUUCAGUAUUAUGUAUUUUAUUAGCAUCAUUAAAUUAUAAAGUAUUAAUUUGUGCAUCAACAAAUGUUGCAGUUGAUAGAGUUCUUGAAAGUUUAUUAACAAAAAACUAUAAAUCAUUUUUUCGUGUUGGUUCAUUAAAAAAAAUUAGUAAACAAAUUUUACCUUAUACUAUUUCUGAAAAUGAUGAUGGAUUAAAUGAUCUUAAAGAAUUAAAAAAAGAAAAAUUAUUAUCAAAUAUUGAAAAAAUAAUUAUUGAAAAUGAAAUUAAUGAAAGAAAAACUGGUAAUUUUGAAAAAAGGUCUCGUGAAAUUAAAUUAGCUUCUAUUGUUGGUGUCACUUGUGCUUCUUCUACAAAUCCUCUUCUUAAUCAUUCUUAUGAUAUUAUUCUUUUUGAUGAAGCUACUCAAACUAUUGAACCUAUGUCUCUUAUUCCUAUUCUUAGAUUUAAUCCAAAAUGUAUUGUUUGUGUUGGUGAUCCUAUGCAACUUGAUCCUGUUCUUCAAUCAGUUCAUCUUUCUGCUUCUCUUUUUCAAAGACUUUAUUCUUUAAAUUCUCCAAUUUUAUUAAAUCUUCAAUAUAGGUGUUGUCCUCCUAUUAGUAAUAUUGUAAAUAGACUUUAUUAUAAUGGUCUUUUACAAAAUGCUCCUAAUGUUUAUAAUCAACUUUCUCUUAUUCCUGAUGCUAAUGAAAUCAUAAUUUGUUAUCAUGACACUAAUGAUGAGUUUUCUCUUGCUUCUAGUUAUUAUUCUCUUUUCGAAAUUCGUGUUGUAAAUCAAAUCAUUUCUAUUUUAUCUCAUCUUCUUAUUCCAUCUGAUCGUAUCGGUGUCAUUUCUUUUUAUAAACAACAAUGUGCUUAUCUCGCAUCUUCUAUUUCUCUUCCACAAAUCACUGUAGCUACUAUUGACGCUUUCCAAGGCGCUGAAAAAGAUAUCAUUCUCCUCUCUUUCGUCAGAAAUAAACACUCUUCCUUUUUAGAAUCCCCAAAACGUCUCAACGUCGCUCUUACUCGCGCUCGAAAUAACUUAUUCUUUAUAAUCCACAAAUCAAUCUUAUAUCACCCUUUUAUCCAAAACAUCCUCUUAAACUCUAAAGUCUCUUACAUCGACUGUGACCUUCUUCUUCUCUCUAAAAAAUUCAUCUUUGAUUAA